AUGGCCACCGACAUGGAAGCCACGGGGACCGAGCGCGCUGCUUUUCUAAAAGUGAAAAUACCAGUGUCCAGCAUUUACAACUUCAUUGACAAGCGGUACGACACUUCGCGUCUGCUGCAAGAAGGUGAAUCGGUAUUUGAAGCUCGCCACGUUGUCGCUUGUAGCGUAAAACAUCGUAAAGAAGAAGAAGUGACACUGGCUGGGCUAAUUCUGCAGACAUCAUCUAUAAACAAGGAACCUCAUGAGUUGGAAAUUACAGUAAAGGAAAGACAGGUGACAGCGGCAUCAUGCUCUUGCAAAGCAGGGCAGCACAAGUGUAAGCACAUGAUAGCACUACUGCUGCACAUUCAUGCAACAGAAACGUUUGACGUCCUUUCUUCUACUGAUAUGCCUCAGCAAUGGGGUAAAGAACAGCUGACAGAUGCAAGAAAGAAGUAUAAACCAAGGUUGAUUGCAGAGUUGCCGUGCUCGAAAAAGGAAACAAUGCUGGUGCAUCAAGAUCAUCUCAUCUAACUGCGAGGCAAGAUAAGUCGGAGGGAACGUGCAGGUCUCCAGCAUCCCCAGCAACCAUUCGACAGGAGAAUAGCAAUGCAUUUGUGGAACAGCAAAGCACACUCAUCACACGACCAUCAACACUCACUGAAGCAGUUGCACAAGCAAUGGCAACUGGAGCCAGGUCAGCAGAUGACAUGUACAAUUACAUUCAGCAUACAUUCACAGACUCAAACAUAGAAGAAAUCACUUCCAUAACCACACAACAAGCAGAUUCACUGCACUGGAUGCUGUACAGAAGAGGGAUGGUGACAGCCUCCAUUGCAUAUUCAGUUUACACAAGGGUGCACACAUUAAGGACAAAAAUGGGGCCUCAUGACGUGCGGCCUCUUUUGAAGUCUAUAAUGAGAGAGCACAAUGUUCAAACUUCUGCAAUGUCACGAGGAUUUUGCUAGAAAAGACAGCAAAAGAGGUCUACACAGCCAUUGGGUCGCAUACAAGUCUUAUAGUGAAAGACACUGGCCUCCUAAUUUCAAAGGAGCCACCCUGUAUUGGCGCAUCCCCAGAUGGGCUAGUCACUUGUGAUUGCUGCUCGCAGCGGACUCUGGAGGUGAAAUGUCCAAUUAGCCUAGAUAAAUUCAGGCAGAAGGAGAUCGCAGUGUCCAAGGAUGAAAAUGUGUGCCUUAAGAAAACCAGCAAGUAUUUCUGCCAAGUUCAAAUUCAAAUGAUGCUUGCAAAAGUUCACAGGAGUGACUUUUUUGUGUUUCAAGACGCUGAACACUUUCUUUUAUUUUCUGUUGAUUUCGAUGAAGUUUUUUGCAAUUCUGUUGUAGAAAGGGCCGUGUACUUCUUCAAAUCCUAUGUUUUGCCACAUAUAGCACAGUAAAACAUUACAAGAUGCCUAA